CCUCCAGUUCAGUAGAUAAUGCGUUACACGGGGAACAUUGGUUUCUGUUGCCAAAAACAGAGCGUCAACGUUCGAUUCUAGCUUAAUAUUGUUUUCUUUACGUCAAAUUACUCGUGUCGUUCAGGUACUGUACUUAUUGGAAUUUUAUAAUGUGUCUCCUGAUGAUUGCCAAUUUGUAAAUGUGAUGGAAGCUAAAUGAAUGGAAUGAAUCGUACCUAAGUACAGGCAUAAUUGCAUUCAAUCGUGCAACUGUGCACUAAACAUUGUGAUGGAAUUCAACGAAGCUUUGGGCUUUAAAAUUUUAUAAUGAAACAAAAUUGGAUUACAAAACAUACAACAUCGUUGAAUAGUGUUAACAUUACAGUGAAGGUGUUUGUAUAUUAGAAGUUUUUGAUUUCGAGUUUUUGUGUACAUGAAACAAGUCAGAAGUAUCAUAUAUCCUGUGAAUCUUGUUUGUAAUCGUUGAAGUAUUCCCAAAAAAUAUGAAAGAUCCUUUGUUUGCGAAUUAGCAAAAAAUCAAAGUGUGAUCAUGAUGUGGUUGUGUUAAAUGCUGUUCAUAUUUCGCUGCCAUCCGGUCGGUUACGAAUCACUCUACAGUUUCGGUGGUGCCAAAGUUCAAUUUGUACCGUUAGGCGCCAUGAGUCCUAUGCUAGAGGACACUGACACGGCUUCGCCGGGAAGUUUUGUCGAAGAUCCAUCGCUGACCUCGGAGGAUACAACGACAUCACAUGAGACACACAACUUGGAAAGUGUCCCCACGGUCAGGAUAUCCGCCCCGGUGGCGUCCCCGAGCAGUUACUCGGUGAUAAAUUAUGUCGGCAAAAUACAGCGACAACCAUCACAUCGGUCCACGGCUCGAUGUAGAACGCCAUAUGAACCCCAGCGGACGCAAUCUCGGACUAGUUUAGUAGAAUCGGCAGACGAUACGACCAACUCUUCCAUUGGAUCUUCGGUCGAUUCCAGUUCAACGGUUAUCAACGACGACGUACCGAGCAUGGAUGAACUGGAUGAAAACAGCCGAGCUGAAGACCAACCGCAGCAGUACCAGCAACAACGAUUCCCACACCUUCGUGCAGGCUCUCGAAGUUGGCGAUCGACCAGUGUUUCCUCAAGCGGAUGUUCCAGUUCGAUGGAUGAUCGGUAUUGUGAUUUUUCGCCACUGACCAGCAUAAGCAGUUGUCGAUGCUCGUCUCUCAGUAUAUCGGACUUUGACGAUGAUGGCUUCCGCGAGGAGAACAGCGUCUCGUCGAUGUACACGGUAAUAUCUUCAUCUCGACUGUACCAACCGCACCACCAGCUCCAUCACAACCAUCAGAACGUACCGCAUCAUCCGAACAACACAAAGGGCCUGUUCGACAUUGCACUGAAAACGGUGAAACUGAUCAGACGAAACCAGGAGUUACAGAUUCGACUUUCCCAGUUACAGGCGGAAACCAAAGCUUUCAUUGAGUCCGUGAUGGCAAACCCGGAAAACGAGCCACUUCGAAAUCGCUUUCAGCCAAAAACAUCUUGCCGUACGAACACACCGAAAUUAGUUGCACAGAAAUGAAUGUAGAUAAUCAGACGAGUUUCAGAAAUAAUGUUUUCGCUUUUAUUCUAUUUCGGUGUAGAUAUAUCAAUGUCAGGUAAUGCUACACUUGGACAGACAAUCCGAAGCGCAUCAAAACUGUCUCAGCCAGUCAUGUUCAUGAAACUAUCUUCUAGCAUAUACUUUUAUGUUUGCUCAACCCUAAAAUUGAUAAAAUAAACUUGCAAAACUUAUCUUCGAUAGCAAACUGUAAAGAUACAUGGGCAUGAAGGGAUUAGUCAGUUGGUUUGUUUCCAAAUAUUUAGUAUUUUGUAGGUUUUUACUUCUAAGAUUCGAACAUUUUAAUGAAUAGUCAUAGAAACUCACAAGAAUUCUAUUUAUUACAAAGUCGUUCGCGUUUCUAAGUGAUGUUCUGGGAACAAUCACCACAAUCAUAAUUAUACUAAUAAAUAAGUGAGAUUCUUGAGCCGCUGAUGUACGUUGCGUAAAACGCUAGGAUAACUUGAAACGUUUAGCUAUAGCCAGUGAACUUGACAAGCAAUCAUCCUCAAACAUUUUUGUCAACUGCAUUUAUAUCGUAUAUUAUGAAAAUGAGCCAUAGCAGCGCUUUAAUUUCAAUAUAGUACGUAGAGUUACUUUCGUCAUACAAUAAAACCCAUGGUAAGACAUAACAUGUAGGUAUUGUCCAAUAACUUAUUCUUGCAUAUAUAUAUUCCAUUAAAAAUAAUGAAUCAAUUUA